AUGUCGCUUGAUGUUUGUUCUUUGAUACGAGAAAUCGGUUGUUGCUUAUGGUUUACAAUCAAGGUCCGAGGCAAUGAAAGCUGCAGGGGAAUUCCAGACCCUAAAGGCCAAACCUGCGCCGCAGAAGCCCUGCAAUAUCUGCGGCAUGAAACGUACAAAUCAUCAAGACGCAAGGAGACUGGGGCACUGCGUAUCCGUCACGUGUGUGCUUAUCGAUAG